GCAGACAGGUAAACCAAACUUUGGCCGAACAUGUGUUUGGGGGCAGCUGAAACACACAAUGUACAACAUGUGAUUUAGUAAGAAUACCUCCCAAAACAGUAGUCAAAGUUUGGUAGAAAAAACGAAUAUCUUAAAGAGGACGCAUCAUGUUUAUUGUCAAAUCAAUCUUGGGUGAUUUAGAAGCUUUCAGGAAGAAUGUGAAACUGGAGCUGCUGCGACCUCGAUCCUCCGCCUCCUCCUAUGCAGACAGCUAUGUCAAACUCAGGAACCGUUACCGCAGGAAACCCCUGGGGCCAGUGUUCUUAGGAGGGACCGCCCGCCGUGGUUGACCCUGCCCUGGGUGACGGGGGACUCCAUGGUCAGGCUCGCCCUUGCAACACUGCCUGCACCACAACCUUCCUGUUGAUUCGGCGAUCAUACCACGACUACUUCCUCUUCCUGUAGCUUGAAUCACUGGAAAAUGGCGAGGGGUUUGAAGCCCCCGAGUGUCCCGAGCGUCUUCUCUCUGGUGAUACUUAAAAGCUGCUGGUUGCUUUGCUCCACCACCUCCCAGAAGCCCGGCGUGUUGGUGGACUCCCAGCUUCCCCAGCAAGAGUUUGCCCACUCCAUCCGGCUGGACGGGGACAUCAUCCUGGGCGGAUUGUUCCCUGUUCACUCCCGUGGCGAUAGGGGCGUCCCCUGUGGUGAACUAAAGAAGGAGAAGGGUAUCCACCGUCUGGAGGCCAUGCUUUUCGCCAUCGACCUCAUCAACAAGGAUCCGGACAUACUGCCCAACGUGACUCUCGGGGCGCGCAUCCUGGACACCUGUUCGCGGGACACUUACGCCCUGGAGCAGUCGCUCACCUUCGUCCAGGCGCUCAUCGAGAGGGAUGGUUCUGACGUCCGAUGUGCAAACGGAGAACCGCCCAUCUUCGCCAAGCCGGAUAAAGUGGUGGGCGUCAUCGGGGCGUCGGCCAGCUCGGUGUCCAUCAUGGUGGCCAACAUCCUGCGGCUGUUCAAGAUUCCUCAGAUCAGCUACGCCUCCACGGCUCCGGAGCUCAGCGACAACACCCGCUACGACUUCUUCUCCCGGGUCGUUCCCCCGGACUCGUACCAGGCCCAGGCCAUGCUGGACAUCGUCACCGCGCUGGGCUGGAAUUACGUUUCCACGCUCGCCUCCGAGGGAAACUACGGGGAGAGCGGCGUGGAGGCCUUCGUCCAGAUCUCCAGAGAGUCAGGUGGGGUUUGCAUCGCUCAGUCUCUAAAGAUUCCUCGAGAGCCGAGACUCGGCGAGUUCGACAAGAUCAUCCUGCGUUUGAUCGAGACGCCCAACGCUCGCGCCGUCAUCAUGUUCGCCAACGAGGACGACAUCCGGCGAAUCCUGGAUGCGGCGAAACGCAACAACCUGACGGGUCACUUCCUGUGGGUGGGGUCUGACAGCUGGGGGUCUAAGAUCUCUCCCGUGGUGCAGCAGGAGCGAGUGGCCGAGGGCGCCGUCACCAUCCUCCCCAAGAGGGUGUCUGUGGACGCGUUUGAUCGGUACUUCAAGAGCCGCUCGCUGUCCAACAACCGCAGGAACGUGUGGUUCGCAGAGUUCUGGGAGGAGAACUUUGUUUGCAAACUUGGACAACAUGGCAAGAGACCGGGGAGUCCAAAGAAGUGCACAGCGCUGGAGAAGGUGGGCCGUGACUCCACCUACGAGCAGGAGGGGAAGGUGCAGUUUGUGAUGGACGCUGUGUACGCCAUGGCCCACGCUCUGCACCACAUGCACCGAGAGCUCUGCUCCGGAUUCCCCGGCCUCUGCCCGCGCAUGGCUAACAUCGACGGCAAGGAGCUGCUGGCACACGUCCGCGCCGUCGCCUUCAACGGAAGUGCAGGGACUCCGGUCAUGUUUAACGAGAACGGCGACGCUCCUGGACGCUACGACAUUUUCCAGUAUCAGAUCAACAACAGGUCAACGGCCGAGUACAAGGUCAUCGGACACUGGACCAAUCAGCUGCAUCUGACUAUGGAGACCCUCCAGUGGACGACGGGCGACUCCUCGCUGCCGGUCUCGGUGUGCAGCCUGCCCUGCCAGACGGGCGAGAGGAAGAAGGUGGUGAAGGGUGUCCCGUGCUGCUGGCACUGCGAGCGCUGCGAGGGAUACCACUUCCAGGCCAGCGAGUUCACCUGCGAGAUCUGCCCCUACGAGAAAAGACCCGACCAGAACCGAACCAGCUGCCAGCCGAUCCCCAUCAUCAAGCUGGAGUGGAGCUCGCCCUGGGCUCUGUUUCCCGUCUUCAUCUCCAUCCUUGGCAUCAUCGCUACAACCUUUGCCAUCGUCACCUUCGUCCGCUACAACGACACCCCCAUUGUCCGCGCCUCAGGGCGGGAGAUGAGCUACGUGCUGUUGACAGGCAUCUUCCUGUGUUACAUUAUCACCUUCCCCAUGAUCGCUGCACCCGAUGUGGUCGUCUGCUCUUUCCGACGCAUCUUCCUGGGUCUCGGCAUGUGUUUUAGUAACGCCGCGCUUCUCACCAAGACCAACCGCAUCCACCGCAUCUUCGAGCAGGGCAAGACGGCGGUGACGGCGCCGCGGUUCAUCUCCCCGGCCUCCCAGCUGGUCAUCACCUUCUCGCUCAUCUCAGUCCAGCUUCUGGGCGUUCUGGUGUGGUUCUCCGCCGACCCGCCUCACACCUUUGUGGACUACGGUGAGCAGCGUACGCAGGAUCCCUCAAACGCUCGCGGUGUCCUCAAGUGCGAUAUCUCCGACCUGUCGCUCAUCUGCUCGCUGGGAUACAGCAUCCUCUUGAUGGUCACAUGCACUGUUUACGCCAUCAAGACGCGUGGCGUGCCAGAGACCUUCAACGAGGCCAAACCCAUUGGAUUUACUAUGUACACAACCUGCAUCAUCUGGCUCGCCUUCAUCCCCAUCUUCUUCGGCACGGCACAGUCGGCGGAGCGGAUGUACAUCCAGACGGCCACGCUGACGGUGUCGCUCAGCCUGAGCGCCUCCGUCUCUCUGGGAAUGCUCUACAUGCCGAAGGUCUACAUCAUCAUCCUCCACCCCGAGCAGAACGUCCCGAAACGCAAACGCAGCUUCAAGGCCAUCGUCACCGCCGCCACCAUGACCACUAAACUGUCCCACCUGGCACACGAGCGGCCCAACGGAGAGGUGAAGACGGAGCUGUGCGAGGGCGUGGAGGCCAGCGCACCGCCAGCGAAAACAACCUACGUUAGCUACACCAACCACGCCAUGUGAAUCAACGACUCCUUCAACUCGAGGACGUCCCGGGACUUUUAAAGAAGCAGAUUUCUGUCACCACGAGGUGGUCUGAACACUCUGAAGGAACCAAACAAACCAAGACAUCUGUGGUGUUUUUAUGUUUACAGACUGCAGGGAACAGGCCUGAACGCCGCCCAAAAACUUGUUAGGAUGAAAAGCUGAAAAAGCAUCCGAAUUUUCGCCAGGAAGUAAGAAGGAGGGUUACCUGAAAGCCUAAAAAAAAGAAAUCCUAAAAGAAGUACAAAAAAGAAAUUGUGGGGACCAAACAUAAUUGUUGUUAUUCUAAUUGUGCGUUAAAAAAAAAAAGUGAAAAAACUUGUGGUUGUGAACAUUUCUGAUUCUUGUCUCCUGUCGUCUCUGUCGACCUGCAUUAUGAGAAGAGUCCGUCGAUGUUUCCGGAAAACUGGACGGUAGCUUUUGGUUGUGAAAUGUCUAAAUGCCAUGGUUGAAUUGAAGCAUGCCCGUUUUUUAUACAAAUGAUCUAUUUAUAA